AUGAAGAUAAAAUUAAUAUUUAUACUUUUAAAUUUAAACUCGAAAUUGAUGUUUAUGUUCAAAGAAUUUCUACAUCAAUUGCUUGAUAUAUCAGAUGAUGAUAAUGUCAAUGAUAUUCAUGAAUGUCUUUCACUAUCUUCUGUUUCAAUUAACAGUUUAGUUAUUACUUAUUGUAUGAAUCUUCAUCAUUUACAUAUUCAUUUAACUUACGGUUAUUUUGUUGAACAUAGCAUUGAACAUGGAUCUGCUCUUCAAACUCUUUCUGUUAUAUUCAAAGAUUUCUAA